AGCUGGGGGUGCUUCUUGAGGAACCCUCCCCAGGUUGGCCUAUGGCCGUGGGGGCUCUUGUCCUAUUCCAACGUGACACCUGAUGCCACAGCAUCAGUGCUGGGGAGCAAAUUUUCAUCUCCCACUCCCCCAUGCCCACUGCAAUUGGUGGAUGCGUGGAAGUGGCUUUAGGCACCCACUGCCCCAUAUGCCAGGAGAACUGGGACAGCAUGGCAUACACCAUGCCAUGCUGCACCAUUCUUGUUUUCUCUGCAUCCAGCGGUGGACUAGCAGCAGGCCCCAGCGCCCGCUCUGCAAACAGGGAUGCAGUCCAUCAUCCACGCAGGGCAAGCAGGCAGGGACUUUGAGGAGCUGGUCCUCGGGCCAACCACAACGGCAUCUAUUGCUGCACAUUGAACCUGCCUAGCUUUGUCACUCACCUCGUGGCACCAUCUAAUGACAAAUUGGUUACAAGUUACACGUGCAGUAGAAAAAUGUGCAAUUUUUAUUUCUCCAAGUAUAUCACCAUUACAAAGGAAAAUCAUGGAAUGAUGGAGGGUGAGGGAGGCCCAGGCCGGUGCCCCAAUACAUGCAGUGAUGGAUUGUGAGGUCACCGACCAGGGGGUUGUGACGUCAACGAGAGAUGACUGUGACCUCAACAGCCCUUGCUGUAUGGAUUUGGGUGCCAGCAGAGGCCAGCGUGCAUUCGUGCUUGGGCUCCAGCUGAGCGUAGCUGCAGGACUUGAGCACUGAACGAAUUGGUUGUGUCGUGCUGUGGGGCUACUGGCAGCAGUUCUUGCAGCCCAUCCCACAGCAUCACCAGCAUUUCCCCAGCCCUGCCUGGCUCAGGCAGCUGGGUCUGUGCGAGGUGCACUCGCAGCAGCAGAGCUUGUAACACCUUCUGCCUGCUGCAGCACCAGUGAGGGGAGCAGCUUUCCAACCUCAGCUCUCCUCAGCCCACCGCAGAGCCCGGGCCAUGGAUAUACCAUCCAAUUGGACCUGCCCCGUCUGCGGGCAAGCUCGGGAGGAUGUCACCUAUAUGACUCCUUGCCAACACCGGCUCUGCUACGGCUGCGCCGUCUGGUGGGCCGAGAAGAAACCGAUUUGUGCCGUAUGCGGGCACAAAAUAAUCAGCAUCCGCUACUCGGUGAGGGCGGAUGAUGAUUAUCUUGAGUGUUCCGUCCCGCAGCCCGCGGAACGCUCAGAUGACGGCCUGCAGGACGAGCAGGGGCCUGCAGAGCAAGUGCUCAUUCCACCCGAGCACGACUUCCCUGCUGAGGUCUGGGCUGCGUUUUUCGAUCAGCAUCCCGAGGACCUCGCACCCCUGCUCAACUGGCUGCAGCAAGAGAUCAGGGAAAUGUCGAGCGAGGAUUGGUGGGAAGUGCAAGCGGGGCUAUGGGCCACCGUGAGCCUUCUCUGCCAGCACGGGCUCGACCAGGAGACCUUGGUCCGGGAGCUGCAGCCAAUCACCGAUGGCGACGUGCUGCCCUUUGUACAGCGCCUCAUCAACGUCGCCAGAGGCCUGUACAGCCCCCAGAUCCGCCGUCAGCUGGACCAGCAGGACGGCCGUGACGCAGGAGGGCGGGAGGCCAGCCCUGCAGCCACCCCCAGCCUCCCAUCAGGCGCCUCCCAUCAGGACCCUCCUGCCUCUGGUACCGAGGAGCCGCUCAGCAGCUCCACUGGGGAACCCGGGCUCCCCAGCACCGCCACGGCGACCGCAGCAGAGGAGCCGCAGGAAGAGCCGGGGCAGGCGGCAGCAGCGGGCCCUUCCACCGGGAGCAGAGAGCACUCGUCUGGGGGGCCCCGACGCGCCCCGAAAAGGAAGACCCGCAGCGACCCCCAGGAUUCACCCCCGCCCCGCAAGAGGCGGCCCCGACGGCGGCGCUAGGCCGUCAUCCACUGCCAGCAGAGCAUGGCUCCGCUGGGCUGGAGGCCAACAUCUGCCUCCCAGCCUGCUGUGUGCAGAGAAAAUAAAAAUACAUCAAAAAAAAGAGAAAAAUCUCGGUGUUAUUGAUGAGGCUUUUGGCGUUGCUGGCCCUACCCAUGCUGCUUUCUCCCUCUUCUGGUCCCAUGGCAGGCUGUAAGGCUUUCUCCUUAGUACCAGAUAAGAUCAGUCGCUAUCUAAAUGAAAUGUGUUGGGUAAACACAUUUCACUUUAAAGUUCUUUAAGAGCAAACAUGGAUGGAAAUGUCAGGGGUUUGAAGUCCAUCCAGUUCGAUGAUGGCCAAGGUAACAACCUUUCUGCUUCCUGCGUAUUUUGCCUCUCUACUGAGCACAUGCCCAGUCCAUUAAAAAUAGGACGUCCUGGUCAUGCAAAGGAAGAAGGUUCAACUUCCUCCUUCUAGCUGUAAAUGAACUAGCAAAUUUCUUUCCUGCUAUCCAUUCAAAGCAGACAUCCCUUCUUCCUCAAAGUGUGUCACUGCUCUGAAAUACAGCUUUUGUAUUGCCAGCAUUCACUGAGAUCAUUGUGUCAUUAGUUCAUCAAGUAACAGAUGUAACUCCAGCAGCAUGAAGAGCUGUUGUUGUUCUCCCUUCCUUUUUAAUUACUGCCCCAUGAACAUCACAUUUAAGCAGAGACAGUGUGUGAAAUACAAGGAAUAUUAUGUGCAUAUGAGAAAAUAUGAGGAAAUACGUGAAUAUGUAUGAAUCCUAGAAUGGCCUGGGUUGCAAAGGACCACAGUGCUCAUCUAGUUCCAAGCCCCUGCUAUGUGCAGG